GACGUAUGCGCAUCCCGCCAGCCGAUCUUCACCGUAGUCCAUCUUUUUUGUAUCCGCUUGGCUGUUACGCGGUACGCAAAUAAGAACUAAAUCAGAGCAACGAUGGUGAAGAUUUUCAUCGGAAACUUGUCCCAGCACACGGAGAAGGAUGAAAUUGAGGCUCUGUUCACGCAGUAUGGCACAGUGACAGAGUGUGCCAAGUACAAAAACUAUGCGUUCGUGCACAUGGAUGACCGAAAAUCUGCCACCAAAGCCAUCCGGGAGCUCCAUCUCUAUAAGCUGAACGGCAGGCCCAUCAAUGUGGAGCCCAGCAGAGGGAAGAACCAGGGCCCUGUGAAACUCCACAUAGCCAAUGUAGAAAAGGGCUUCGAUAAAGAGCUCCGUGAGCUCUUCGAGGAGUAUGGCACAGUCACAGAGUGCUCCAUCGUCAAGAAUUUUGCCUUUGUGCACAUGUCCAAUUCUGAUGAGGCCAUGGAUGCCAUACAGGGCCUGGAUAACACAGAGUUUCAAGGUUUGUCUUCCCUCUGACGGUUGCACCAGGUUCAAGCUGGAUAAAGUGUGAUCAGGCUGUCCUGUGGUUGAAGGGGUUGCAGCAGAUCAGAGUUUAUCUGAACAGACAAAAGGAGAGAGAGACAACACAUCCUGGAUAGGUAACCGUAGAUCAAUAGAGUAGUAGCGCUGUUUAAAGAAAACACAAUAAGUCGAGGCGAUCUGUGAAAUUUCUGGUUAGUAGGUCUAGAUUUGCUGAAAAAUGAGAAGUGUCAGUUCCUCGUGUUUUUUUUUUUUUUUGUUUUGAGGUUUCGGUUGCUUUCUGAAGUUAUUUUCCUUUAAAUGGCGCUUCCUUUAAGCACACACCCUUCUUGCAGCACUUUUGGGAAAUCAUGUUUUAUAGAGAAUGCUGGAGUAGAGUAACUGCUGCCUGCAUGAUAGUGAUCACGUUCCAGACAUUUAUGGGGCGUCUGAUUAUUCAUCUGCCAACAAGUUCACACAUUGUUUCAUCUCUCAGCGAGAUUGCAGAUUGGACUUUGUUAUAAGAUUGUGUAACAAAUGACACCAGUUUCCUGAACUGAUCUGAUCAGGUUACCUGUCUUGUUAGCUGAAUCAAAUGUGCUGCUACCGCUAAAAUCCAGAUUUAAGAUGUUAGAUUGUCUCACUUUUACAUCUGAAUAUGUUUUUUUUUUUCUUCUGGUCACGUUAUGCUGAAUAGAAGACCUGAUAUUAAUGUAAUGAAAAUAGUGGUAGAUAGCAGCUAAGUGUAUUUACUCAAGAAUGCUUAGAUAUUUGUACUUUAUUUUGAUUGCAAGCUACAUGACACCUCUCCUCCUUUACGUUUCAGAAGUAAAUAGAUCUUUUGCUCUUUAAUAUUAAAUGGUUCGUAUUUGAAGUGAUUAACCCUGUAAAACUCACUGUCGCAGAAAUACACAUCAGUUUAAUUUUUAAAAAAUAUUAUUUUCUGUUUGUAGCAAUAAUAUAUAAACCCAAAUACAGAAGAAAAUGAGCAAAAAAUUGAACAAAAAAUAUAAAUAAUAUAUAAACAUAAAUAUAGAAGAAAAUGAAAAAAAAUUAAACAAUUAUAGAAAAAAAUAGCAAAAUUUAUAUAUAUAUGUAGCAAAAAAAAAUAAAACUAAUAGUAAAAAAAAUUGCGGAUAUACAUAAUUUCUGUGAUUUUAUUUUUUCUUUUUUGUUCAUUUUCUUCUAUAUUUAGGUUUGUAUAUUAUUAUUAUUUAUAUAUUUUUGUUCAAUUUUUUUGCUCAUUUUCUUCUAUAUUAGGGUUUAUAUAUUGUUAUUAUUUCUAUUUUUUAUUUUAUUUUUUGCUCAUUUUUUUCUAUAUUUGGGUUUUUAUAUAUAUACAUAUUUUAUUUCUUUUUUUUAACUCAUUUUUUUCUAUAUUUGGGUCUUACAGGGUUAAAAACUUCAUUCAUUUUCAGUUUAUAUAGUAUAAAGUAAUGUUAAACUGAAAUAUGCAUGAUGAGUACUUCCACUUUAAAAGCAAUAAAUUUACUUUAGUACUUUUAGUGGGUGAAACUCAUGUACUGUUUUGCAAGAAUUUGAUGCCCUGAGGAGAGGUCAAGUUUAUCUUUUGAGCUCGAGAUUAGUGAUUACUCUUUUAUCUCCAGUACAUCCAGAAAAAACGGUUUCCACAGCGUUGUAUUGUAAUCCAGACUGCUUUGUCUUCAGGGUUAAGUGCUCCAUAAAUGAGUGCCGUAAAGUAUAAAACAAAGACAAGAUUUAACAACAACGUGCACAGGAAGAUGUUACAUAAAAACAGUUUAAUGCUCAGUUGAAAAUAGCUUCAUAACAUCUACACUUUAAAAGUGAAAUUGCACAAAGAUCACAGCUUCAGAAUCUUUAGAUAUGAUAGAUACAAGGUGCAAAAUAAUACUAUGAUUUCACAUUAUUGAUUAUGUGUAAGGCAUACCUACUUGAACAGUAAUUUACUUGACCUUUAAGCUCAGUAAGAAAGUCAAAAAGUCUCAGAAUAGCUCAGUAAUCGGCGACGGUUCGUCACGAAUGACACAUCAGAGUCUCAUCAGUCUCCAAGGGGCCGGUGGCUCUGAGGUGAACUGGGAAACGGUUCAUCACACGAGAGCCUGUGUCCAUGACGGGUGUCACGCUGGGCUCAUACAUGCACAUCUCCCUGGACGGAGGCACCGCCAGCACCUCGAACUCCACCUCAAAGCUGGCCUUGGCCUCCCCAGACUCCCUGAUGAUGAGCAUCUCGUACUCCCCAAACCGGACCAGAGCCUUGUCCGGGAGAUCCGUCCUCUCCAGGUAUCCCAGCGCCUGGCCGUUCACCGACAGACGCCCCCUCUGGCUCAGGUUCUGGAUAGUGAACAGCAUGUCCGGGCUGUGGGGCGUGCGGUAGGCGAAGAGGGCCAGCUGUUUACGGGACACCCGGGGGUCGACCAGGGAGAAGGUGCAGGACUGGGCGUCCCGGCCAAACCUGAGGGGGUCGUCGGCUGACAGUCUGCUCCGGCUGCCCAGAGGGAGUAAACCGUACAGGGCCCUACAACUCUGCUGAGGGUGGUAAAAUUUGAUCUGAAGACAAGACAGGAGAUCCUCCUCUGUCUCCAUUGUCUGAGAGACGUUCAUGAUGAACAGAAGCUUUCAAUGAUGAGACUGUGUGGAGAGUAGGAAAAACAAGUUAGAAAAAUACAAUUAAAUGAGUCAAUUUACCAGUCAAACAAAAGCAUACAUUUAAAAAGGUGAUGUUUCUGUCUUACCUGAAAGGUUUUUUUUGUAGGUUUUCUUAACUCGUGCACUGGAAAAGACAUAAACCAAACGCAUAAACACUCGCGAAGAACAAACCAGCAAUGCUGCUCCUCCUGCCAGUCUCUGCAGCCUGUUGUCUUCCUCCUCCGGUUUCAUCACCUCUCACAAGAUACAACCGUGCGCUUUCAAAUGCAAAUCCGGAAAUAUCACCGCUACAUAUUUUGGAUUUAAAGCUGUCUUAAAUAUGGAAGAAAAAAAACAUGUUUUUGGUGUAUUUUUUGAACAAAUUGUGAGUUUUAAAGAGCAGAGAACUUGUACAGGAAGUGUUUGCAUUGUACUAUUAGUCAAUUUAUAGUCUAGCUAGAUAAUGUGCAACUCUCCAAACAGCAGAGCAGUGUGAAAAGAGUUUUUGGGACAAAUAAAUAACACGUGAUUAAAUCAAUUUUCUAAAAACUCCACUAAAUUCACCGCCACGCUUUUUAUACUGCUUAUUUUUGUAUUUUUCCGAAUCAAAUGUGUGGCUGGUCUGUAACUUACAAGUUAAAAGUAGGUCCGUGAAUGCAGCAUUACAGCACCGGAAAAUCCCACGUGAUGCAACCCGAAAGAGAAAGGAAGCUGCUGCAUAGAUUCACAUUUGAUACUGCGGUAUUGUUUGGUUACGUUUUAUCCUAGAAACCUAAAAUUUUGGAUAGUGUCUCCUAAAAGGCAUAGGUGUUGAUGUACCCGAGUUCAUUUGUAUACUCCAAAUGGUUGUCAAGUAUGGCAUCAAAAGCUAAGCGCGACCAGAUUGUGGCCUUGAAGGAGGCUGGACUGACAACAAUGCAAGUCAUGAAAAAGGCGAAUGUUUGUCGUAAGACUGUCUACAAUGUCAUGAAACGGUACAAGGAGACUGGCAAUACCACCAGCAAGCCAAUCCCUGGAAGAAAACGUUCAGUCCGUACCAAAAGGAAUGUUGAGAGGGUGAAGAAGAGAGUCCAAAGGAAUCCUCGCAGGAGUAUGAGGGCAACAGCAAAGGAAGUGAACAUCUCAAGAACUUCACUGAGAAGAAUCGUCAAACAGGAUCUCGGAUUGAAAGCACUAAAAAUGCAACAUAGACAACUGAUUUCAGCCGCUUCUAAGAAGAAACGGCUUGACAGGGGGAAAAUGAUGUUGCAGGAGAUUCAGAGUGCCACAGACAAAGUCAUGGUUUGGUCUGAUGAGAAGAUGUUCACUGUUCAGGCAGUGGUCAAUUCCCAGAAUGACAGGGUUUAUGCACAUAGUGCACAGCACCUACCCGAAGGCUGCAGAACUCAUUUUCAUCGUCAGAACCCAGCUGGAGUCAUGGUAUGGGCUGCUGUUGCAUCUGAUGGCUCAAAGUCUCCUUUGGUCUUCAUUCAGGAGGGUGUGAAAGUGAACAGCCAGGUGUACCUUCAAAUGCUUGAAGAAAAAGUGUUGCCUUGGUGUACCAAUGCGUUUGGAAACCAGUAUGUCUUCACACAAGAUGGUGCACCAGCUCACACAUCCAAUAUCACACAGGCCUGGUGCAAGCAGCACUUUCCUGGCUUCUGGGACAAGAACAUGUGGCCUCCAUCAAGUCCGGACAUCAAUCCAAUGGAGUUUGCGAUCUGGUCUAUCCUGGAGAGGGAUGUCUCAAGAGUGUCUCACAGCAGUGUCACUGCUUUGAAAACAGCUCUGAUGAAGUCAUGGUCAAAACUUGAUGCAGAGACAGUGCGGCGCUCAUGCCAGGCAGUGCCAAGUCAUCUCCAGGCUAUGAUAAAGGCAAAGGGUGGCCAUAUUGAGAUGUAAAUCUUUUUGGUGACAGAGAAUAAAGUAUAGAAACUGUG